AUGCAGAGCUAUGAAAGUCGCAAAGCAGAGUUGGUCAAUAUUGAGACAGGACGACUGCGAGAGCAUACUCAGCUGAUGAACGGAAUUCUUGCCUCUCUCAAUUUACCUGCUGCUUUGGAUGACGUGACAUCAAUGGAUACUCUUCCGGAGUCGAUCAAACUAAAAUCAGCGAAGGUAAAACAAGCGGGUGGAUUGAAUGAGCUCAACCGACUGUUCACAGAAUUGCCUGGAUUGUACAAACGAAAUGAAGAAAUUUUGGAUGAGACAAAUCGAAUGCUUUCUGAGGAGAAAGAAAGUGAUGACAAUUUAAGGCGCCAAUUUGGCGCAAAAUGGUCAAGGAUGAGCAGCGAGCAGUUGACAGGACCUCUACUACAGGUA